AUGUCCGAUACGCCACACGAACGCAACUCAACCUCAAAAACAAAUCUAAUAGAGGUGCAACACGUUGGCGUCACUGCCAAACUGUCGUCACCGCUCAAAAAUCUGCUGCAAUCAUCACUUUCUUCAACGGAGACGGAAAAUGGUCAGCUGCCCUAUCAUGAUCAUCAUGGCAAUAAGCUUAAGUACAAUAAAUUCUCCAACGACACACAAGCUGAGACGGAAACAACUACCGAUAAUCCAUCCAAAUUACUCUACGAGAUGCAUGCCGUACCAGAGGUUUCCACACGCCAGCCGGGCAAACGCCAUCCAACGCCUUCCAAAAUCGAAUUUCAACUAUAUAAAACGGCUUCGAGACGUGUACCCCACCGCUCAAAAAGCACACCCGUAACUAUGCUGAAAUGCAGCGUUAAGAAAAGUAAACGCAAACUUUUUGCGGACCAUAAAGGCGCCAGCAAAAAGCCCACGAGCCAGUGUACAUGUCGCGCACACCACGGCAAUAGCGAUAAUACGAUUUUUCAACGUUUACGACAUUCACUUGAUAAUAUGCGUGCUGCACGUCCGCAUAUUUCAAAACCCAAAACACCCAUGAGCCGCAACAUAUUUGACGAUUUUCCAGAGCCUGUCGCGCCACAGCAGCGUAAGUGUAAGGAUGAUUUCAAACAGCAGCAGCAACAGAGAGACGUCACACCGCCACCAACACGCAUCGGCAUCUAUCCUUUCGAACAUGGUUGUGCUGAAUAUUUGCGCACCACCGAUUACCAUCCGCAGCUGUUGUCCGUUGUGCUAGCUGAACGUGCCACCUACUAUGCCACACGCUUCUGGGCUGAGUUCUUUGGCAGUUUGCAUAUUGGUGUCACUUUCAUUGUGACUUUUCUGCUACAAGCGUACCGUUUUAUACUCGUCUCGCUGAUAAAUACGUUAGCGGUGGGCUUUCUACACAUGACUUCCGAUUAUUUAAUUAAACCAAUAUUAACGGUGGUCUUCAAUGGUUUUCUACAACCACCAUUUAUACUCAUCUACAAUAUUCUUACUUCCAUGCGUGAUAUUCUGGCGCCUGUUGCUGAGACAAUAAAUAAUUUUAUGCGUCCUGUAGCGACAGUGGGACGUAGUAUACGUCUAGUGCAUGUGAGCUAUAACAAUAAGAAGUUGGUGAAAGAUGUUUGAUGACAACUUCGAUUUAUGUUUGUUUUUCAAUACAUUUUUGAAUUGUUAUAUAUUAAUUACAAUAUUUAUUUUAGAAACAUGGCACUAAUAUGUGUAUGAGUAUCAUAAUUCUAUCUUAUUUCGAUAAGUUUCCGAUAAACAAAUAACUAUUAUCGAAAUAACGUCACUGACAAAUAAUCAUAUGGUAAAGCGUAAAAAAAAUGUUUUAAUUCAUUUUCAAGGAAUAAGAAAAGUAAAAAUACAUUGAUUGGUAUUUUUAGGCGCAAG